AUGAAUUCUCUCAUCUUACUCUUAGUUGGCAUUUCUUAUGCCAAAAUCGACUAUGCCAUUUAUCAACUCAGUGGUUGUGGCGAUUGGGGAACAACACGACUCUACAAAAGAGACAUGUGCAAGAAGACAUCGAGUGGUUCCGUUAUGUUUAAGACCAGUGCCAAUGGGAACAAUUGCGACAAGUACGUCUACCAAAAUUCUGAUUGUUCUGGGACUGUUUCAGGUGCAGUCGAUACCUCCUCUGGUCGUACCCUGAAUCCACCAAGUUUGAAUAUUGUUGGUUUCUUUGGUGAUCAAAAUGGGGAUGGUUGCAAAGAUAACGACAAAAUUGAUGGAGUUUAUGCGACUGACAGAUGUUACAAAGAUAACGCUUAUUGGAGAUUUACUAUUGUCGAAGUCGAUGGUAAAAAUGAACUUCAUAGAAGAUGUUUCACUUCAACAACAUGUGCAGAAGAUCAGUACUAUGAUGGUGCAACAGAAAAGAGUGAAUGUAAUAAAUGUACUAAUGGUAACCUUGUCAAGUGUUAUGGCGUCGAUGGUGUUGCUGCUUGGACCGACUUCUCUGAGAAAAUUCCAGAAGAAUCAAAAGGUUCAGAAGAGCACAGCGAAAGUCACAAUCAACAAAAUUCAGCGUCGUUGAUCACACUCUGCAUUUCUAUGAUGAUCAUCGCUCUUAUGAUUUAA